AUGUCGUCGAUCAUUAGCAUGGUCAGGCCUGGCGAACGCCUUGGGCUGGCACCAGGCAAGUACAGCGUCAUUCUUCCAACGUACAAUGAGAAGGAUAACUUGCCGAUCAUUGUGUUCCUUUUAUGUCGCAUGUUUAUGGAGAAUUACUUGGAUUACGAGAUUGUCAUUGUGGACGACAACUCGCCGGAUGGCACCCAAGUAGUUGCGCGCCAGCUUGCCGCAUUAUACGGCUCGGAGCACAUUGUGCUACGCCCACGCACGGGAAAGCUGGGUCUUGGCACUGCGUAUAUGCACGGACUCGAAUCGUGCACGGGCGACUUUGUGAUUAUCAUGGACGCUGACUUUUCGCACCAUCCCAAAUUUAUCCCGAAGAUGAUCGCACUCCAGCUUGAGACCAAUGCAGACAUUGUCCAGGGCACGCGGUACUCUGGGCCAUCCACGGGCGCAGGCGUGUACGGCUGGGAUCUGAAACGGAAACUGGUGAGCCGCGGCGCUAAUGUGCUGGCCACCUUCGUGCUUGAUCCACGCACAACGGACGUUACAGGCAGCUUCCGUCUGUACAAACGCUCGGUGAUCCAACGCUUGAUGAGUCAAGUGACGUCCAAAGGAUACGUGUUCCAAAUGGAGAUCCUUGUGCGCGCAAAAGCGCUUGACUACACUGUGGUAGAAGUUCCGAUCACCUUUUGCGAUCGCGUCUUUGGCGAAAGCAAGCUUGGGGGUGACGAAAUCGUGAGCUACGCAAAGGGCGUAUGGCAGCUGUUUGUCGGCAUUUAG